AUGGCACCUGGUGUCGUUGUAGAGAAGCACGAGGAGAGCUUGUCCGACAGCGAGGUAAAGGAAAUUCUGAAGAGAGCAGAUUUGGAGGAGAAGGAUGCUGAAAGCUUCAAGGGCCAGGGCGGUAUUGGCGUGGUCAUUGCAGUGGCCAGCUUCUCCUCCCUCGCCGGCCUGUUGAUGGGCCUGGACAUUGGCUACAUCGCCGGGGUGAAGACGAUGAAGUCCUUCUCCCAAGACUUGCUGCAGCGGGAUGACUUGAUGGGGCUCGAGGACAGCGUCAUCACCAUGAUCUUCGGCCUGGGCGCGGCCCUGGCAGCUUUUCCUCCGGUGAUGCAAGCCUGUGCCGGAAGUCUUGUGAAGAGGGGCGUCAGCUGUUUGGGGCGGAAGGGCGCUGUGGUCGCGGGUGGAUUGAUUUUUUGUCUGGGCUCGGGGCUGCAGUGCGUAGCAGCUGAGCAGCAGGCCACCAACAUGGCGAUGAUGCUGUUGGGUCGCAUCGUUGCCGGCUUCUCAGUGGGUCUGCUGUCGGGCAACGCCCCGGUAUACACUAGCGAGAUCGCGCCCCCUGCGUUGCGCGGUGCGCUGGUCACGGGGUUCCAAUUCGCAGUGACCGUAGGCAUCAUGGUGGCCUUUCUUUUAGCCCUGGUUUUGGAGGAUGUGGAGGACCCCGUCAGUGGAUGGCGCUGGGUCAUUGCCGCUCAGAUGGUCCCCGGCUGCCUGCUGGUGAUGGGUGGUGCUUUCAUGCCUGGCUCCCCACGGCAAAUGGUGGCACAGGGGAAGACUAAAGAAGCGUUGCAAACGCUGCGGAAGUUGCGAAAGGAGGAUGUUAGCCUGGAACUGGCUCAAAUCUAUCUGGAACACGAGGCAUCUUCCACGGAAGCCUCCUGGCGCGAAUUUCUCACCGGAGACAACGGCCGCUUGAAGAGCCGUUUCCUGAAGAUUUUUGCACCCAAACCAAGCCUGGCUGCUAGACGGCUUGACCCACGCGGCUCAAGCCAAGGUAAGCUCCUUCGCAUCGGACUGGUCAUUCAACUGCUGGGUCAGAUCUGUGGGAUGAACGCCUUCAUGCCACCUGGCACCAGAAAACUUAGACCCAACGAGCUUUCAGCAACUGCCACCAAGGUGAUUUUCAAGCUCAUUUUCCAGAGCGACCAUGCUGGUCACUUCUUCACCGUGGUGUCAGGUGUGGUAAACAUCCUGGCCACCAUCCCCGCGCUUCUGGUCGUCGAUCGCUGUGGUCGAACUUUUCUGAUGAAGUGGUCAGCCCUGUGCGACUUGGCCACGGUCUGCGGAACGACUUGCACCGUGGCCAUUUGCGGUUUCAUCCUGAACUUUGCCUACGGUUGGGGCGGCAUGCCUUGGGUGUACUGCUCAGAGAUGUUUCCACAGAAGUAUCGCACCAAGGACACCUUUUGGGUCUUCGUGGGGACCAACAUGCUAUGCCUAUGGGUUGCAAUGACUUUGCCGGAGACCAAGGACACCUUUUGGGUCUUCGUGGGGACCAACACUCUAUGCCUGUGGGUUGCACUUAUUCUCCCCGAGACCAAGGACAAGAGCCUCGAAGAGAUCAGAGACAUGUUCAGCGCCUGGCUGAAGGCCAUUCUGAGUGCGUCCCAAGACAUGCUGCGGAUCCAUCCGUGCGAUGCCAUCUCCAACACCUCUGACGCAAUGGACGUGGAGUGGAAGGGCCUUCAGGACAUGCGGAUUUGCUAUCCGGAAGAGAAACUUUUGGCCGUUUCGGCCGAGGGGUCUCAGCUAGGGAUUUGGGUGGCGGACUUGCAGCGAAGAGAAGCCAAGGUUGCUGCGGUGAGCCGUGCGCGAGGCAACUCCGGCAGUGCCGCGCGCCCCGCAAUGGAACGCGCCUGUCCUAACCCGAUACCGUUGGACGCAGAGGCGGACCGAACACUUCCACCCCCACAUGGAGAGAUUGUCGAAGGCAAGGUGGCUGUGGCGGCUGCACCGGAGCGUCGCACUGAAGGUGAGCUGCCAGAACCUCCAAAAAGGCCUGUGAGAUCUGAAAGGCCCGUGAGCCCUCGAGCCGUCUCCCCACAGGCCAAGAUGCCUUCCAAUAGCUACAAUGGCACGCAUCCGCCACUCCCAGCCCCUUGGAACCCAGUGCGCCACAGCAACUCAGCCCCAGCAGCAGCUCCAGCAGCUCCAGCUCCAGCCUCAGGGCCUAACACGCCCACGGCCACCAAGCCGCCCCCAGCUGCAAUGCCGCCCCCAGCACCUGUGGCACCUGCAGCACCUGCAGCGCCUGCGGCGCCUGCGGUGCCGCGGCCGACCUCGGGGUCCCUGGGGGCGGCCGCACCCAGCACACCCACGGCGGCCACGCGGCUGGCACCAGCACCCUUUGCGGAUCCAAAUGUGGUGAGGACAACUUGGAGUGUCAGGGUUGAGGAUGCUCGGGGUCGGAGGUGA